AUGUCCUCCCCAAACCACACUGUGGGGAUGGCAUUCAUUCUCUUGGGACUGACAGAUGACCCAGUGCUGGAGAAGGUCCUGUUUGGGGUGUUUCUGGUGGUCUACCUACUCACACUGGCAGGAAACCUGUGCAUGAUUGUGCUGAUCAGCACCAGUCCCCACCUGCACACUCCCAUGUACUUCUUCCUUGGCCACCUCUCCUUUGUAGACAUCUGCUAUUCCUCCAACAUCACUCCCAACAUGCUGUAUGAUUUCCUCUCAGAGGACAAGACCAUUUCCUAUGCUGGGUGCUUCACUCAGUGUCUCCUCUUCAUUGCGCUGGUGAUCACUGAGCUUUACCUCCUUGCUUCCAUGGCCCUGGACCGCUAUGUGGCCAUCUGCAGCCCUCUGCAUUACAGCUCCAGGAUGUCCAGGAACGUCUGCAUCUCCCUGGUCACCUUCCCUUAUGUGUCUGGCUUCCUUCAUGGGCUGUCUCAGGCACUGCUGACUUUCCACCUGUCCUUCUGUGGCUCCCUGGAGAUCAACCACUUCUACUGUGCAGAUCCUCCCCUGCUCCUGCUGGCCUGCUCUGACACCCACAUCAAGAAGAUGGCCAUGUUUGUGGUGGCUGGCUUCACUCUCUCCAGCUCGCUCUCAGUCAUUCUCCUGUCCUACCUCUUCAUUGUUGCAGCCAUCCUGAGGAUCCGUUCUGCUGAAGGCAGGCGCAAAGCCUUCUCCACUUGUGGCUCC